AUGUUUAGGAAGAGGAUAGUGAAGAAGAGUUCUUCUGAUGAAAAGAGUCUGAAGAAAAGGCAAAAAAUUGAUUUCAGCGAAGAGAAACCGGUGACUAGCGAUGGUGAAAAUGACUUCUGUGGUAAGAUACCCUUAGCAAAAGCUGGGAGGGGCAAGGAACUUCGACCUGCAAGGGCUGAUUAUCGUGAACAAUGUAGGAAUAGUGAAGAUUCAGACAAGUAUAGUCUGACGGUCAACGACGACAGCACCAGAGAGAAUCUUUUAAACUUUGAGAGAAGAGAGCUGGCUGAGAAAAUGAAAAAGAAGCGGUCCAACGAAAACAAUGAGCUAGUAUUGAAUAUGAGUGGCAAAAGUGCACAGUCAACGAGGAAGAUUAACCAACCAACGAAUAUUCGGACCACGGUGCUUAUGGAUUUUCAGCCCGAUGUUUGCAAAGAUUACAAGCAGACAGGCUAUUGUGGUUAUGGAGAUAGCUGCAAAUUCUUACAUUCGAGGGAUGAUUUCAAGACUGGCUGGAAGUUGAAUCAGGAAUGGAAUGUGGGGGGAGAGGGCUCGAGAAAGGUCACGCUGGACUUAGACAAGAUCCCAUUCAAAUGCGUUCUUUGUAAGGAGGACUACAAAUCGCCCGUAGUUACAAGUUGUGGUCAUUAUUUCUGUGGGUCGUGUUUUACUAAAGAGAUGAAGAAGGGUUCAAAAUGCUUCGUAUGUCACAAAGAGACGCAUGGUAGUGCUAAAGUGGCAUCCGAUUUGCAAAAAAUACUAAGCAAGAGAAAAGCCUGA